UCCAAUCAGAUGCCGUUUCGAAGCAGACUCCGCCUCCGUUCUUUCAGUUGAUUCAGGCAUGAUGCUGAGCUGAUCUUGUUCAAUCAAACGGCGUUGCCAGCGUCAACAUUCACAGAGUUUGUCUUCAGAAAGCGGAAUUGAGGAGAUUACUACACACGUGUGUACUGAGGAAGAAGCACAAGAACAGUGGAAAUGAAGCACAUUAUCAGUGCAAAACUACAGCUGAAGAAGAAAGCUGAGCAUUUGAAGGCAGACCUGACACUCAGGUCAAUGAAUUCAUGGACAGUCUGAUAGAGGAGUCUGCCAGUCUGGGUUCGUCCCAUGUGAGCACAGUCUUUCCUCUCUCAGAAAAGGAGAAAAGCAAACUCAGGCAUACACAGCAUUCCCAAGGCCAAAGCAAGCAGUUCGUGAUCCGUCGAUCACUGUUAGAGUACUGUAAGUCAUGGAUAAUUUUAGCUGUGAUCUGUUUGAGGUGAGCCACAUUCGCACCAUCUAUCACAUGUUCAUCGCCGUCCUCAUCCUCUUCAUCUUCAGCACGCUUGUCGUGGAUUUCAUCGAUGAGGGGAGAUUGGUGCUGGAGUUUGAUCUGUUGGUGUACGCCUUUGGCCAGUUCCCCCUAGUGGUUGUCACGUGGAUGUGGAUGUUCCUGUCCACUCUUGUGGUUCCGUAUGUGUUGCUCAGUGUCUGGGCCAGUGUUUUUCUGGGCCUUAUGGACAGCACAUAUGUGGUGCUGAAGAAUGGCCUUCCCCCUGCAUCAUGCUUCAUACUUAUUCUAGAACAGUUCCGCAGUAUCAGUGUGCAGCUCUUUGACCUGAGGGCCAUGGUGUUGUGUGUCUUCAACUCUAUACUCCCAGGAGUGCUGGUGCUUUUCUUGGCAUUUUUUUCCUUUCUGCAUUGCUCGCUUAAUGCAUUUGCUGAAAUGCUACGCUUUGGAGACAGAAUGUUUUAUAAGGACUGGUGGAACUCCACUUCAUUUGCCAACUAUUACCGCACAUGGAAUGUUGUAGUACAUGACUGGCUUUAUUACUAUGUCUACAGGGACUUCCUGUGGAUGACACAGAACCGAUUCCAUGCAGCAGCCAUGUUGGUUGUUUUUACUGUGUCUGCUGUGGUGCACGAGUACGUUCUGGCCAUCUGCUUUGGCUUUUUCUAUCCCGUCAUGUUCUGCCUCUUCAUGUGCGUUGGAAUGGUGUUUAACUUCGUUCUUAACGACCGGAGAAAAGGGCCGAUCUGGAACGUGAUCAUGUGGACUGCGCUGUUCUUGGGUCAGGGCGUUCUCAUCUGUCUGUACUGUCAGGAGUGCCCUAUUCAAGAGCCUUCUUUCCUAGACUUGUUGAAGCCUCGAUCCUGGACGUGUGCUCCACAGACUAACACUGCUGUAGAUGCUCACUAAAGCCACACCACCAUCCUCCAGAUGAAUCAGACUUUUUUUUUUUUUAGCAUUCUAUAGGUAUUGCACUCUGACCAAAUGAAGUGAAACGUGACAAGCUUACUCUAUAAUCAUGAAGACAAUGUUUUAUGAAGAGGCCUUAGAUAUUUAAUAUUUAUUAUAGCAUCCAUAAUGGAAUGUAGAAUGUCUAUAAUGUGCAUUAUUAAUAUUUCUUUGUUUCCUUUCAAAUUCCUAGUUAGCAUUUGACAAUCUAUUUUAAGUUAUGUCUGAUCUGGCUAAAGAGAUUCUGUUUUUAGAAGCCUCUGUGAUGUUGUUGAGAUCAGAUUAUAUAAAUGUGUUUUGUUUACUGCUACUUCUUAGCGUUGGAUAUUGUGGUGUUACUCCAGUACUGGAGAGGCCAUGGAAGAUUAUACAUGUGGUACAUUUGAACCAGGUUGCCUGGCCUACACAAAACUGUAGAAUGUUUACAAGCAGGGUUGCUAUUCUAAAACCCCAGUGGAUUUAAAUUAUGUGCCAUAUUUUACUACCACUGAUAGUCUGGACUUUGGAAAUUUGGACUUCAUGUUUUUUUUUUUCUAGAGCUAAAUUAAUUAGAUACUAAUUUAAAAACCAUGCUUUAGGACUUAUUUAUUACAAAACAGGGUAUCAUAUUUUUGGAAGUGUUAAGGUUUUGAGCUGGCUGCACUCGUGAUCAUUAUUAUUACUAAUGGUUUCCAAGCACAAUUCCUUUGCUGGUUAUAAAUUAUUAUGAACAGUGAUAUGCAGGGGAUUUAUAUAAAACAAAAUAGUAAUAAUAAAGUGUAGGACAUUUUGAAUGGCAUUUAUUAGUGCAAUAAAGAGUUUUGAGUGAA